CCUAAUCAAACCCGACCGCAGGUUCCAAUCUUUUCCCCGCGGGCUCUCGCUCGGCCGAUCGGUCGCUGCCGCGGCGGCGGUCUCGGAAUGGCGCCGAUACGCGUGCUCACGGCGCUGGACCACGCCCGCACGCAGUACUACCACUUCAAGGCCAUCAUCAUCGCCGGCAUGGGCCUCUUCACCGACUCCUACGACCUCUUCUGCAUCGUGCCCGUCAUGAAGAUCAUCGGGCGCGUGUACUACCCUUCGCCCGCCGGCGACGGGAGGCCGGGCGUGACGCCGCCCGCCGUCGUCUCGGCCACGGUCGGCGUCGCCCUGCUGGGCGCGGUGGUCGGGAACCUCCUCUUCGGCGCGCUCGGCGACCGCGUCGGGCGCCGGCGCGUCUACGGCCCGUGCCUUCUGCUGCUGGUGUGCAGCUCCGUCGGGAGCGGCUUCUCCAUCUGCCGCACGCGCCGCUGCGUGCUCUCCAGCCUCUGCUUCUUCCGCUUCAUCCUCGGGGUGGGCGUCGGGGGAGACUACCCGCUGUCCGCGACCAUCAUGUCGGAGUUCGCCAACAAGCGCACGCGGGGAGCGUUCAUCGCCGCCGUGUUCUCCAUGCAAGGGUUUGGGAUACUGGCCAGCUCCGGCGUCACCAUGGUCGUCGCCGCCGCGUUCGACCGGUUCGCGGGCCACCCGGACCCGCUCGACACUCCGGAGGCCGCCGACCUCGCCUGGCGCGUCAUACUCAUGGCCGGCGCCGUCCCUGCCGGGCUCACCUUCUACUGGAGGAUGGCCAUGCCAGAAACAGCCAGGUUUACGGCGCUGGUACAGCGCGACGUGCUCAAGGCGACCAGCGACAUGGGCUGCGUCCUCACCGACCUCGACCUGAACGCGAUGUACGAGGGGGAGGACGCGGCGGCCAUGCCCCGCACCCCGGCGCCGUUCGGGUACGCGCCGGCCGCUCAGUACGGCCUCUUCUCCCGCGGGUUCCUACGGGAGCACGGCCGGAACCUCUUCGGGUGCGCGGCGACGUGGUUCCUGCUCGACAUCCCCUACUACAGCAGCACCCUGUUCCAGUCCCAGAUCUACCGGCCGUGGUUCCCGCCGGCGAGCCACCAGAACGUGUUCCAGGAGGCGUACAACGUCGCCAGGUUCCAGGCCAUCAUCGCAGUCGCCUCCACCAUCCCGGGAUACUUCGCCGCCGUCCUGCUCAUCGACCGCACCGGCCGGCGCCGCCUGCAGAUGGCCGGCUUCUUCCUCAUGGCCGCGUUCCUCUUCGCGCUCGCGGGCCCGUACGACCACUACUGGCGCGGCAACGCCAAGAACGCCUGGUACAUCGUGCUCUACGCGCUCACCUUCUUCUCCGCCAACCUCGGGCCCAACACCACCACCUUCAUCCUGCCGGCCGAGCUCUUCCCGGCGCGGUUCCGGUCCACGUGCCACGGGAUAUCCGCCGCCGCCGGGAAGGUCGGCGCGCUCGUUGGCUCGGUGGGGUUCCUUUGGGCGUCGCAGUCGCGGGACAGGGGAGAUGUGCAGGCCGGGUACGAGCCCGGCAUCGGCAUGAUGUACGCGCUCAUCAUUCUUGGAGCCAUCAGCCUGCUCGGGCUCGUCGUCACCUACUUCUUCACGCCGGAGACGAUGAGGCGGUCGCUGGAGGAGAACGAGAGCGAGCGGGACCAGAACCAGGACGGCGACGGCGGGAUGUGCUUCCAGGAACUAACUCUGACGCCCAAGAGCCCGGGGUCCUUGGUGAGCUCGCACGUCAGCACCUCGCCCAUCCAUCCGCACCGCUUUUCGGUAUGAUGGAACUUUGAAAACUUAGCGCCACGCAUAAGCAGUUCCGCUUUUCGGUUACUGGCACGUGAAAUACAGAUGUAGAUAAUCCUACAAAAAAAUUACAUAUGUGCUGUCUGUCAUCUUCGUCUCCGGCGUUUCUCAAAAAAAAAAUACAUAUGUAGAUUUCCCGCAUGGUUGCUUCGUUUGAUUGGUUGAGAUAAAAUUACAACAUAGCUCAAACUUUGUAAAGGUCUCGUCGUAUGUAACUAGCUAUGCUAUUAUAUAUGUGAGUUGGUGAUGGUGAUUGUGGUGUCACACAAAACACAAAUAUGUUAGUCA